CAACGUUACUUAGGUACAUAAACACAUGAUUUUAUUUUCAUAUUAACAUUCUUUAAGAUGAAGUCAAUCUUAGUUGUUUUGUUCAGUCUAAUUUGCUUGGCACUUGUAGCUGGCUAUCCUGGUGAAUGGAUAUCCACGUAUGCUCCUGAAACACCAACACCACCGACACCUGCAUCGACAAGCAGUGGUGAAGAUGAAGUUUACAUACAAGAUCGAAAAGUUCCCGAUCCAAUCUACGAGAUAAAUGCCCUGAAAGCAUUCAAAGAAGCUAAGGCACUUCAUCCAAAUCUUGUUAGUCCAGAGUUUUUAGAAACAUUUUCCAAGUUGUUUAACGACAGCCAUCCGGUGGAAGGAGGAUGGAAAGUUAUUGGAAAUUUCCAGUUCCCAUAUUACAAUCCAAAUGUAGACUACAUAUUUAUUGAAUUGAGAAUGCAACCAUAUAUAUAUCCGUAUACUAUACGGAUAUUUAACUCAAAAUAAAGAAAACUAAACUUUCCAAAUAAAGAAAAAUAAAUCAA